AUUACAGGAUAUCAAAGUAAUAAAGAAACUUGGUGGCACGGUUGAAGACACGGAAUUGAUCGACGGACUUGUAUUCACACAGAAGUCUUGCAACGUCAAUGGGCCCAGACGUGUCGAGAAAGCUAAAAUUGGUCUUAUUCAGUUCUGCUUAUCACCACCAAAAACUGAUAUGGAUCACAACGUUGUUGUCUCUGACUACUCUGCAAUGGACCGUGUCCUCAAGGAAGAAAGAGCCUACAUUCUUAACAUAGUGAAGCAGAUCAAAAAGGCUGGAUGUAACGUACUCUUGGUGCAGAAGUCUAUCCUUCGUGAUGCAUUGAGCGAUCUCGCUAUCCACUUCUUGGACAAGAUCAAGGUCAUGGUCGUCAAGGACGUUGAACGAGAAGACAUCGCCUAUGUCUGCAAAACUCUGGGCUGCAGACCUAUCGCUUCCUUGGAUCAUUUCACUGCCGAGAAUCUCUCCAGUGCUGAGUUGUGCGAGGAAGUCAUGACUGGGAACUCAAAGUUUGUGAAGAUCACUGGAAUCCAAAAUCCAGGCCGCACCAUCACGGUUGUAGUUCGUGGAAGCAACAAACUAGUUUUAGAUGAAGCCGAAAGGUCUCUUCACGAUGCGCUGUGCGUUAUUCGUUGCCUGGUCAAGCAGAAGGCGUUGAUCGCCGGAGGAGGUGCACCAGAGAUCGAAUUGGCUAUCAAAUUGGCAGCAUAUGGACAGACUCUUGGUGGUGUGGAGGGAUAUUGUGUACGCGCUUAUGCUAACGCUUUUGAGGUAAUUCCAUCAACGUUGGCCGAAAACGCUGGUUUGAAUCCGAUCGCAACAGUAACAGAUUUGAGAAAUCGUCACGCACAGGGAGACAUUACAACAGGAAUAAAUGUCCGCAAAGGAGCAAUCACAAACAUGUUCGAGGAAAAAGUAUUCCAACCACUUUUGGUGUCUACGAGUUUGGUUACCCUGGCCUCUGAAACCGUUCGCAGCAUAUUGAAAAUCGAUGAUAUUAUUAAUACCAUGCAAUAAGUUAUAUUAUUCGCACCCGUCGCUUCACAAAUAUCUUUUCAUCACUGUUGCAUUUUGAGCGUUUUCUUCUCCUAACUUUUUAUAGCUAAAAUACGUAAUAAAUUUAUUAAAAACGAA